AUGAUUUCAAAAUACAAUGAGCUUCUCGUCGUCCUCCUCUCGACUCUCAUCUUAUCGGGUUGGCACUUGGGUGGAUUGACUUGGCUAUUCGAAUGGACUUCGAUCAGUUUUUAUGAGGCCGGUCAACCGGAUAUCGGAGAAAAGACAAAAGAAAGCAUCCUACACGUCAUUCAAAUAGCUGAAUUUGUGAUGAUGUCGUUGAGCUUUGUCAUCAGCCCACUGGCCAUCUAUUUCCCACUCAAAAACGAUCAGCUGACGUGGCCAAUUCGUUUAUUGGCGGCAAGCGAAAAUCUCAGUAAAUUCAUUUUCGCCUUGUACUAUGUGACUUAUGGUUUCUGCAAUUUGCCGGUUAACGGCGACCGAUCGACUAGAUGCUCAGACAAUCUGUAUUCGGUGCUGAAUUCAAUCUAUUUUAAUGAAUUCCUCCCUUAUUACAUUUGGGGUCACACGGCUCAGUACAGUCAGAUGAUGAUCUCGUUGAGCCGUUUCUUCGCCAUCUCGUUUAACGGUGCCUAUUUUCGCUAUACAUUGCGAUGGCCUAUUGUGCAACUUGUACUACCGUAUGUCUAUCGAAUCGGCUUCGAACAGCUCAAAUGGCCGUUUCCCGACUCUUAUUUCACAUUUGAACCAUAUUUCCUUUUCAUUCCGUUCUUUCUGAUGAUCUCCCUCGAUUCUAUGACUCAGUACAAAUUUGGAAAGUUGAAAAGAAAAGGCAAAACAACGCGGUGCGAAACGUUGCUCAUGUUUCAAAUGAUAACCAACUCGUUGAUCGCUCUCAUCUAUACGAUCGUUUUCUACUCGGCUCAGAGUGGAUUAAACGUGUUUUUCGGUGUGAAUGUCGGCAUUCUUUUUCUCGAGAUCCUGAAUUUCAUUCAAUUCUCGAUGUUCAACGUAUUGACCGUUUUCAUCUCGAUCUAUUGCUUUCGGAAAGCAAAAGAGCAAAAGGAAAGAAAAGGAUCAGCCAGGCAGACAAUUGUCAUUUCGUCAGCUCCACCAUCGAGUCGUCAUCGAGAC